GAUCUAAAACAGUCAAAAUUAAAACUUUCUUCCGGAAAUAUAAGCGAAGAAAAUAUUGCUUUAGGGAUCUCAGAAGUUCAUGCAAAACGUAAAAGGCUGUUGCAAGAAACUUCGCAAGGUGAUAUAGAAAUACAUGGUGAAGAAGAGGCAACUAAAAUUUUUUUAGAAUUAUUUAAAAAUGGAAAUAUCCCAGAUACUAGUUCUGUGCCUACUAGUUCUUCUGUGCCUCCGGAUAAAGGAGCUCAAACAAUAACAGUUUUUCACAUAUUACGUGCUGAACAACGUGAUUAA